ACCUGCUACAUCGACCAGAACAACAAUGUUGAACUCCAAAAAUCAGUGAACUUCAUGUUCGUCUGGUAUCGCCUCUCAGUACUUGCCAUCGCCAACUUAUCGGAUGUUCUACCUUCGUCGAAGUCUGUCGCACCCGCAAAUAGCACUUGGAAUACGCGAGGAUGGACUGUCCAAGAAUUCCUCGCUCCUAAUAUCGUUCUUUCCUACCAAGCAGAAUGGACCCUGUAUAUCGACGAUCGCUCAAGCAGCCACAAGGAAUCAUUCGCUACCAUGCAGGUGUUGGAACGUUCAAUAAGCAUAAAUAAACAGAUGCUCAUAGGAAGGCCCACUUGGUUGACAUUCUUGCUAAUUCGUCCAUGGAAUCGUCAGGAAUUGCCUCUGAUCAUAAUAUUAUGGCGCAGGUCAAGGAUAUGGCUUCUGUUCAUGAUAGGAUGGUCAUCAGGACGCUGGAAAUAA